CCUUGACAUAACCUUUUGUGCUUUGAUGCAGUUUUAUCUGGCAAUAAUAAAACAGAUAUCAUCUUCAUGUCAUCUUCAGCAGAUCUUUAUAGUGUAAUGUGACAACUAUUCUUUUCAAAAGGAUCCAUUGCAUGUCACUGUCAUGCCCUUUGUCCCCGUGUCUUAUCACAUCAAUAAAAAGGACUCCAAGGUGGAUCAUUGGCACGUCCAGCCAAUCACUGCAAACAGGUAAACCAUCAGCAUACAGCUUUGAGUAGCCUAUAUUUUAUUAGUAUGUGCAGUAUUACUACCUGCAGCGCAGUCUCUAGAUGUUAAACUGGUUCCAGUCUACAAAAAACAUAUUGGAAUUUCAUAAAGAUUCAUAAUUCUUUCUUUUUUAUUGUUGCAGCUUUGAGAAAAGAUCAACAUGGCUCGUCUAACAAUCUUGGCUGGUAAGUUACAUUCUUGUAUGUUCAUUCCUUCAAAUGCAAUUAUUUUGUGCAUAUUUUAAAAUUAAUUGAAUGUCAUUUUUUAAAGGAUUGUCUCUUUUGAUGUGUCUCCAGAUGGUGUCUUCCACCAAACUGGUGUGCUACUUCACUAACUGGUCCCAGUAUAGACCAGGUGCUGGCAGAUAUCUGCCUGCCAAUGUAGAUCCCAAUCUCUGCACUCACCUGAUCUACGCCUUUUCAAUAAUCAACCCUUCUAACGAGCUGGUGACCUAUGAGUGGAAUGAUGAUGUUCUCUACAAAUCCUUCAAUGCACUGAAGAAUAGAAACCCCCAGCUGAAGACUCUGCUGGCUGUUGGCGGGUGGAACUUUGGUAUAACACAAUUUUCCAUCAUGGCUGCAUCACCUUCCAACCGUGAGAGAUUCAUCCAGUCUUCAAUCAGAUUCUUGAGACUGCAUGGCUUUGACGGGCUGGACCUGGACUGGGAGUAUCCUGGUGCACGAGGAAGCCCACCUGAGGACAAGCAUAGGUUCACAGUGCUCUGCCAGGAACUACUCGCUGCCUUCGAAAAAGAAGCAGCUGAGACUCGCAAACCACGAUUGCUGUUUACAGCUGCAGUGGCUGCAGGGAGGGGAAACAUCGACAAUGGUUAUGAGAUUGCUGAAGUGUUGAAAUCCUUCGACUUUAUAAAUGUCAUGACCUACGACUUCCACGGAGCAUGGGACACGUUCACGGGUCACAACAGCCCUCUGUACCGCAGCUCUUUUGAUCAGGGCAACAACAUCUACUCCAACGUGGACUUUGCUUUAAAAUAUUGGAGGGACCAAGGUGCUCCUGUUGAAAAGCUCAUAAUGGGAUUUGCUACAUAUGGACGCACAUUUCGCACAUCAUCAGCGGCUAACGGCGUUGGGGCACCAACCAGCGGAGCAGCCUCUGCUGGGCCCUACACCCGUGAGGCUGGGUUUUGGUCUUACUAUGAGAUUUGUCCUUUCCUCCAAGGAGCCAGCCUCCACUGGAUUGAUGAACAAAGUGUUCCCUAUGCCAUCAAAGGAAAUGAGUGGGUUGGGUUUGAUAACAUGCAAAGCAUUGCAAUCAAGGCACAGUAUAUGAAAGAUAACAAAUUUGGGGGAGCCUUCGUCUGGUCUCUGGACCUAGAUGAUUUUAAUGGACAGUUCUGUGGCCAGGGAAACUAUCCCCUCAUUAGUCAUCUACGCUCUAUGCUGGAUUCAGAUAUUCCACCUCCACCUCCUGUAACCACACCUCCACCAGCGGUUACUACACAUAACCCAGGCUCAGGCAACAGCACGACUACCAGAGCUCCAACAACUCACAGUGUUCCAACAACUACCAUUGCCAAAACAACAACCGUGGGUGUCACUGGAAGUGAUUUCUGCUCUGGGAAGGCUGACGGCCUCUACGUAAAUGACAUGAACCCUAAUUCCUUUUAUCAUUGCUCUCACCGAAACACAUACCUCCAGCUGUGUUCAGUUAAUCUAGUUUUCAGUAAAAGAUGCAACUGCUGUGACUGGGCUUAAAUAAAUGUCUUUUCGUGAAACAAAACUGUCUUAUUUCUAAAAUGUUUAAUUUGAUUACUGUCGGAGGAGAAAAUGUGUUAACAGUUCUCUCUCCCAAAUGUUUAUGGGGGGUAAUCUAAUCCUGUGGGGUCACGUGAAAAGGUCACAAACCGAUGACUUGAGGAAAUGACCAAACCGGAAAGGUCACUCAAAUGGUCACUUGGUUGUGGGGGUGCAGAAUAAACAGAGCCUUCAGGGGUCUCAACUUUCUCUGAUAGGGGAAACAGACGGACUCUAGAAUGUGUGCAUCUCGGCGAGGUGUAUAAAGAGGAGGCGAAUCAACCAAGAAGGCAGCAUUCAGUCUGCCACUCUCAUUCGGAGGGUUCAGAGUUUGCUCCACUCAGCUGGGUGUUUCCAUGACUUGGUUGUGUGAUUACUUAUUUGUCUGAUGACUUAUUUGUCUAAAGGACUCACUUGUCCAUUUGUUUGUACCUGGCUCACACUCUGAUCAUUUGUGAACUUGUUACUAUAUAAUAAAGUGUGA